CUACAGGUUUCUUCAUUUUUUGCAAACACAUGGUGACAUGGAGCGCGUAUUGAUAUUCAUUCGGAAAUCCUGACCGGGAUCCAGUCAAUUUGCUGUUCAAAGAUGUCAAGUGUUCCUAGUAGAAGAACGAAAAAAAGAAAUGCAUUUGGCGCAACAUCUCCACCUUUUAUAGACUACUUGAAAGAUAUCCUCAGGAGAUAUCCAGAUGGAGGACAGAUAUUAAAGGAGCUGAUACAAAACGCUGAUGAUGCCGGAGCCUCUGAGGUGGUAUUCAUUCAUGAUGAGAGGACCUAUAAGAAGGACAGCCUGUUGAGUGAAGACCUUGGACAGUAUCAAGGUCCUGCCCUCUAUGCCUACAACAAUGCUGUCUUUACUGAAGAAGACUGGCUAGGCAUUCAGGCCACAGGAAGAAGCAUCAAGCGAAAUGAUCCACACAGAGUGGGGAGAUUUGGGAUUGGAUUCAACUCUGUUUAUCAUAUCACAGAUGUGCCAUGUAUAUUCAGUUCCAAAUACAUUGGGCUGCUGGACCCACAGGAGAAAAUAUUUGGAGACGGAGAGGGAGGUUUCAGAUGGUCUCUGGAUAAUGAUGAAGACAGAAACCUGCUUAUAACCUUGAGAGAUCAAUUUCAACCCCUUCGAGACAUUGUAAAACAAGUCAGUGAUAAGUAUAUGGGAGAAAACCAUAGAAGAGGAUCAGUAUUUCAAAGGGACUCUUUUUCGGUUUCCUUUGCGCUGUGAAUCCUCAGAGAUUUCAGAGAACUUGUAUGAUUCAGACAAAGUGGUUCAGCUUUUUGACAGUUUCAUUGCAGAUGCAGACAUUAGCCUUCUUUUCUUAAGACACGUGUCUAAUGUCUCCC